AUGGCUGCCCCGAUGCUUAAAUGGUUCGGGCAAAUCAACUUUGAAGAGCAUGAGGACUAUGGAAGGUUUGAAACGGCUGACUUGGUAGGCACCUCAGAAAUUCGGCUCACAAGCAAAACACCGGCUCCUAUAGGUUCGGAUGCCUUAAUAUUACCUUGGAUCAACAUCUUAUUGGCUCUAUUGGUGCAUUGA